AUGAUAAGCAAGAAUCCAAGAUCGAGUUUACCACCAGGGUUUCGAUUUCAUCCAACAGAUGAAGAACUCAUUCUCCAUUACCUAAGGAAAAAGGUUUCCUCUUCACCGGUCCCCCUUUCGGUCAUUGCCGAUGUCGAUAUCUAUAAAUUCGAUCCUUGGGAUUUACCAGCCAAGGCUCCGUUUGGAGAGAAAGAGUGGUAUUUUUUCAGUCCGAGGGAUAGAAAAUAUCCAAACGGAGCAAGACCAAACAGAGCAGCCGCGUCUGGAUAUUGGAAAGCAACGGGAACAGAUAAAUUAAUCGUGGUACCAAAUGGUGAAGGAUUUAAUGAAAACAUUGGUAUUAAAAAAGCUCUUGUGUUUUAUAGAGGAAAACCUCCGAAAGGUGUUAAAACCAAUUGGAUCAUGCAUGAAUAUCGACUUGCCGAAUCCUUAUCGCCCAAAAGAUUGUGCCAUUCUAGGACCGGCAUCCAAGUCAAUAAUUCGGGAGAUAGGAAUUUGAAAUCUAAAGAAUAUUCCAUGAGGCUGGAUGAUUGGGUUCUUUGCCGGAUUUACAAGAAAUCACACGCUUCAUUGUCAUCACCAGAUGUUGCUUCGGCUACAAGCGAUCAAGAAAACGAGGAAAAUGACAACGAGCCAUUCCUAGUCAGCGAAACCCUUUUGCCAAAUUUGGCAAACGAUCAAACCCUUAAACGCCAGAAGUCUUCUUUCUCCAACUUAUUAGACGCUACAGAUUUGACGUUCCUCACAAAUUUUCUAAACGAAACUCCCGAAAAUCGUACUGAAUCAGAGUUUUCUUUCAUGUUUGAAAAUUUCUCAAAACCUGACAUCUACGGAAACCGUUACUUGGAUCAAAAGCUACCCCAAUUGAGCUCUCCUACUUCGGAGACAAGCGUUAUCGGAAACAAAAGAGAAAGACUGGAUUUUGCGGAAGAAACGAUGAACACUUCGAAGAGGAUGAUCAACAACUUUAGUUACAAUAACAGUAUAGGUCAUUUGGAUCAUAGUAUGGUUCAACAAUCUAGUUUUCUGAAUCAAGAAUUCUUGAUGAGUCCUCACCUUCAAUAUCAAGGCUAGAGAGGAUAUUGUUUUCAAAACCUAAUUACGCGAAUUAGGGACCAUUUGAUAUAUGAUUGAAAAGUAGGAGUCAUUAUUAUUAUAUAAAAUUACCAAAGCAUUGUGGGGGAAAGGGGAAAAUAUAUAAAGUAGUAGUAGUUGAUAUUUGAUCAUAUAAAUUACAAGCUUAUAUUGAUAUAGUGUUUUUUUGCA